AAUAUAUAUGUAUCAUCACGGAAAGCCUAGGCCAGAAAACUAGGGUUUCGCUUCUCUGUUGGGUGAAAGAAGAGCGAGCGAGAAGGGCCAGUAGGAAAAUCAGGAGAUGCGGCCGAUAUUGAUGAAGGGGCACGAGCGGCCCCUGACAUUCUUGAAGUACAACCGGGAGGGGGACCUGCUCUUCUCGUGUGCCAAGGACCAUACUCCCACCGUCUGGUUCGCUGACAACGGCGAACGCCUCGGCACCUACCGCGGCCACAACGGCGCUGUCUGGUGCUGCGACGUCUCCCGUGAUUCUGGACUCCUCAUUACGGGCAGUGCAGACCAGAGUGUGAAGCUGUGGAGUGUUCAAACAGGAGCUCAACUCUAUUCUUUUAACUUUGAUUCUCCAGCGAAAGCAGUGGAUUUUUCUAUUGGGGAUAAGCUUGCUAUAAUCACUACUGACCCAUUUAUGGGCCUUCCAUCCACUAUUCAAGUGAAACGAAUUGCCAGAGAUCCUAGUGAACAGACUAGUGAAUCAGUGCUUACAAUCAAGGGGCCUCAAGGAAGAAUCAAUAGGGCUGUUUGGGGACCAUUAAACAAGACUAUAAUAAGUGGUGGUGAAGAUGCAGUAGUCCGAAUAUGGGAUGCUGAGACUGGACAGCUGCUGAAGGAGUCAGACAAAGAAACUGGUCAUCAGAAAACAAUAACUUCACUAUCAAAAUCUGCAGAUGGUUCUCAUUUCCUCACAGGUUCAUUGGAUAAGUCUGCCAAGCUCUGGGACAUAAGGACAUUGACUCUUAUCAAGACAUACGUGACAGAACGCCCCGUCAAUGCUUGUGCGAUAUCCCCCCUUCUUGACCAUGUGGUGAUGGGAGGUGGCCAGGAAGCAUCACACGUCACAACAACUGAUCGUCGUGCUGGAAAGUUUGAGGCUAAAUUUUUUCACAAGAUUCUUCAAGAAGAGAUUGGGGGUGUGAAAGGGCAUUUUGGACCAAUAAAUGCUCUAGCAUUUAAUCCUGAUGGAAGAAGUUUCGCGAGUGGUGGUGAAGAUGGUUAUGUAAGGCUACAUCACUUCGACCCUGACUACUUCAAUAUCAAGAUGUGAUUUGUGGCAUAUGAAAUUGCGAGUCUUGUAAAUGAAUAGAGCAGUCUAAACUUUUGCGCAAUCCUCUAUCACUAAGCCCAGGAAGUGGGAAGAUCUUACACUAAGACAUUUUGUUGGUCGAUAAGCUUCACUUGUGGUGCCUCAGAAGUCAAGACAUCUAACCAUGCGGUUAUGGUUGUAGUACUGGUUUUGCCUAGAGGCAAGCGUGUUGUUUCUGGAGACAUUUUAGGCCGAACUCGUUGCUUUCCCUUUUUUCUUUUUUUAAGAUUCCUGCUUUCUUUCAGGCAGAGAAUACAGUUAUGUGUGUGUGUAACAAAUGGUGCUUUUGAUUUUGAGUUUAUUGUCAAAAUCUCUGGUUGCAGUUUUGUCUCAACUAA